AUGGGUGGCAAUGCUUCUACAAUUAUGCCUACUGGGGGACUGCGAGUACAUCGCGUAUACCCCAACGGCCCUGCCGAGGAAGCUGGCUUCGAGAUAUUUUUUGACUAUAUAAUGGAAGCCGACCACAAUGCAUAUUGCGACGACUCUGAUGAGACCCUGAUGAGCUUCACGUCAUAUAUCAGCAGCAAGGAGAACCAAGAAGUCACGCUCAACGUAUAUAAUGCCCGUCAGAAAUCUCUCCGACUAUUAAAAAUUACUCCUCGCAAAUGGGAUGGCGUUGGUCUAUUAGGGCUUUCUGUGCGAUUUGCCGAAUUUACGGCGAUGGACGAGGGGGCCCAUGUCAUUAACGUGCAGGAUGGAUCUCCGGCCAUGAAGGCUGGUCUGACGCCUAUCACGGACUAUUUACUUGGCACGAAUUUACAGUUGUUCGUGGACAGUGACUGCGUGAGGGUCCAUGUCGGUGAGCAUGUGGACGAGGAUGUCACAUUGUAUGUAUACAACACGAUUACUGAGAGUAUAAGAAAGACCAUCAUUACGCCACGUCGAGGUUGGGGCGGCAAGGGUACUCUAGGGUGCGAUUUGGCAAAUGGUUACAUUCACCGAAUCCCUCUUGUCAAGGGCAUUUUCAGUGUACCGUCAGAUUUACCCCCAUCGGAGAAGGGUGGUGAUUCGCAAGAGAUGACUCUGGACCUGGCGGCCGCAGCAGCUGCGACCACUCCUGCAGAACCCCAAAUGGGCACCGCAGAUCAAUCAACGAGCGAGCAAAACUGCAACGUCUUUGCUAUACCUUCUGAUACCAAUGUUACUGAGGACGAGGAUGGACCGGAGGAACCCUACUUACCACCGUCUUUGGCGACUCUCCAGCAUACCGCCAGCAUGGACCAUGAUACGCAAUCUCCGGACGACACCGCACGCCGUGAUGAUUCGGACAUGGAGGACUAA